AUGCCGACCAUGAAGAAGCCAGCAGCUGACAAGGGCAAGGGCAUGUACAACACAGUGAAAAGGCCAGCAGCCGCCGCCUUGCCUGUGGACAGGGAAAAGAAGGCAAAACAUGGAGAAGAAGAGCCAGAGGAAAGUGAAGCAGAAAGCCAGGUUCAGCCACCUUCUUUGACAGAAGAAGCUUUGCGCAACCACCAGAGGAAAAAGAAGGCUUUGUUGAGAGGGUGGGUGCUGGACAAAGGCACUAUUGGUCAAUGCUACAGGCAAAGCAUCACCACAAUCAGCAUGAACUACAAAGAAGGGUUGGAAGAAUCCUGGUUCACAAAGCAAGAAGCUUUGCAGAAGUGGGGGCCAGAGGAAUUGAAAGAGCGCCUCAAGAAAGGCACCAUAGAAGCUCGAAGGAACCCCUUGGACAAGACCUACUUUGAGUUCAAGUCUGUAGUUCACAAGAAGAGCAAGAUGGCUGAGAGAAACAAG